CUGUUCUCAAGCCUGGCAUAGGCUUCAGGGGUUUGUGGGCGCGGCAGCACCUUCCUCCCAACCACCCGCGUUUGGGGUGUGCCCGUGUGUACCCUGCAGCCAGCCCGGUGGACAGCCCACUAACAGAAGCCUCCUCUGGCAUUCGGAGGAGAGCCCGGCAGCUGCUGCACACAGCUGCGCUCAGCGGCCACCAGCUGUUGGCCGGCAGGCGCCUGGCGCGGCCAUGAGCUCCUAUGCGCCGAGUAUCAUGCCCACCCGGGCACUGACUGACCCAUCGCUGUCCGAUGACGAGGACAAGCUGGAGGACGUGCUGGUCACGCCCGACUUCGAUGUGCAGCCCACGCUACAGACCGAGUACUAUGCGCACCUGGACCAGCGCCUGGGCGAGCUGCAAAACCUGCUGGGCGCGCAGGGCGCCGCGCUGCCGUCCACGUACGAAAAGUACCUGCACGGCAACGUGCCCGCGGGCGCCACGGGCAACCCGCUGGUGUCGGCCAAGGAGUACUACGAGCAGCUGAAGCAGCUGCGCGCCGACAGCCAGGUCUACUACCCCGUGGCCCCGGAGGUGUACCGCGACCUGCUGUGGGAGGACGUGGAUGUGGCGGACCCUGUGGAGUACACCUUCUGCCGCUACACGCCCAUCACCACAGAGGACGCGCGCGACUUUGGCAGCGACGGCUACAGCCUGCGCGUGCAGCACAAGUUCAGCCGCCACAUCAAGCUGCUCAUCUGCGUCACCCUCUACAACGAGGACCAGGAGACGCUGGGCAAGACGCUGCUGGGAAUAUGCGAGAACCUAGAGGUGCUGUACCGCCAGUACGGCCGCGACGGCAACAAGCACGGCCUGGACUGGCAGGAGGUGGCGGUGGCCAUCAUCCAAGACGGCGUGGGCCACUGCGACUCCUCCGUGCUGGCCGGCUCCACCGUGACGGGCUUCUACUCUGAGAACCUGCAGCAGGAGCAGGCGGUGGGCCUGCCAGUGUCCAUGCACAUGUUCGAGUACACCGCCAGGUACAAGAAGCACGCGGGCCUGGACUGCUACCCGCCGCUGCAAAUCAUGUUCACCACCAAGACCACCAACCGGGGCAAGCUGGACUCGCACUGCUGGUUCUUUGACGGCUUCGCCUACCUGCUGCAGCCAGACUACUGCGUGCUGUUUGAUGCGGGCACCAAGCCCAUGCCCUUUGCGCUGCGCAACACGUACGCCCACUUCAAGCGCAACCCCUGGUGCGGCGGGCUGACGGGGGAGCUGCGGGUGGAGCGGCCGUACCGCAACUUCCUCACCAGUGUGCAGUACAUGGAGUGGAAGGUGUCCCAUCUGCUGAACAAGCCCAUCGAGUCCAUCUGCGGCUACCUCACAGUGCUGCCCGGUGCCUUCUCCGCCUUCCGCUGGGCCGCGGUGGAGGGCGAGCCGCUGCGCCGCUACUUCUACGGCCUCUACUCCCAGAACGACCUUUCCGCCUUUGAGGCCAACAUGUACCUGGCGGAGGAUCGCGUGCUGUGCCUGGAGAUUGUGGCGCGCAAGAACAGCAAGUACUACCUGGAAUACAUCAAGGAGGCGGUGGCCGAGGCGGAUCCCGUGACGGGCUUUGCGGGCCUGAUCAAGCAGCGCCGUCGCUGGCUCAACGGUACCUUCUUUGCCAUGAUCUACACACUCUCCAACUGGUCCCGCAUCUGGAGCGAGAGCCACCACAGCUUCCUGCGCAAGGCGGUACUGUCGCUGGAGUUUGUGUACCUGAUGAUCAUGACCUUUGCCGGUACCUGGUUCGGCAUCGGUGUGUUCUACACCAUCCUGUACCAGCUCUUCAUGGCACUCUUCAACGGCUCCGCCACGCUGGAAAACAUUGGCAGCAUCCUAUCCAUGGUCUACCUCUUCCUCAUCAUCGUGGAAGUCAUCGUCAACCUCAAAAACAAGCCAGAGGCGGUGGAAAAGGUCCACCUCUUCUGCGCCGUCUACUUCAUGCUCUACAUGGCCGCCUUCACAGGCAUCACCAUCUGGUACAUGGUCGACUACUCCCUGAGCGAGAUCUUUGGCUCCGUGGCGCGCCUGGGCGUGAUCCUGUCGCUGGGAUCCAUGCUGGUCACCGGCUUCCUCCACGGCGACAUGAUGGCGUUUGCGGGGGCGGGCCUGCAGUACUGGUUCAUGCAGCCCAUCUUCUGGAACAUCCUCCAGGUCAAUGCCUUCUGCAACACCGACGACAUCACCUGGGGUACCAAGAACCUGGACACCAAGCGCGACACCACUGAGGCCAAGGGGCUCAUGAAGAGCGGGCUGGUGUACAACGCAAACCAGACCAAGGAGAGCAAGUCUUUCUGGAAGGCGAUGAUGAAGGUGCACGAGAAGCUGACCGACAUCAACCAGAUCAAGGCGCACAACCAGAUCAAGGAGACCAAGCUCAAGGCCUUUGCCACCUACCUGCUCAUCGCCUGGCUCACCUCCAACAUCAUCUUCGCCCAGGUCGUCAACAUCGUGUCGGCGCUGGAGUGGGAGGUGUGCUCCGAGGCGCCCAGCGCGCAGUACGGCAACAUCGUGGCGGACAAGGUCAACCAGGACGCGGAGCUGGCGCAGGCGGUGGGCCAGAUUGUGUACUCGGCGCAGGCCAUGGUGGAGAAGGGCGGCCCGCAGUACCCCUUCGGUGGCCUGCCCAACUUCCCCGAGGCCUACCCCAUCCUGCUCAGCGGCAAUGCCCAGUCCAACACCAGCGUGGGCGAGAGCGUGACGGUGCUGGCCGAGAGCGGCGAGGUGUUCAGCUCCCUGCCCUCCGCGCUGCCCACCUUUGACCAGUGGCUCAACUACUCGGCAGGCAUCAACAUCAACAAGACAAUCGAGAGCCUGAGCAUGCUGAAGCUGCCGCCGGCAGUGAACGAGACGGAGGGCGAGGUGUCGUGCACCACCGAGUACGGGCGCACCUACUACCUCACCAUCCAGUUCACCUUCCUGGCCUUCCUCACCGGCAUGCAGGUGUUUGGCUCCCUCAUCUUCAUCGUCAUGUACUACUGGCGCCGCAUCUCCUGGCGCCUUCGCAACCGCAAGGGCAAGCAGCGCAUCGCGCGGGCCGCCCGCGACGCGUUGUCGCUCAAGAAGAAGAACAGCGACACAUACGACAUCCACGUCACCGCCUCCGCAGGCACUUCCAUCACGGACAGGCUGGGAGCGGGCGUGGACCCUGCCUGGGGCGCGCAGCGCUCCGCGCGCACCGCCGCCACCGAGGACGACGCCUCCGCCUCCGACCUGGGCUCUGAUGAGUACAGCCCGCGCAGCAGCAACGCCUCGCCCUCGGCGCGCAGCAUCCAGCGCCACGGCAGCCGCCGCAUCUCGCUCUGAGCCGGCAGCCCCUAGCGGCCGC